CAGCUGGGAGUCGAGAGAGAGAGAGAGAGUGGAGAGCGUCGUUCACACACAGUAGCCGUAGUCAUAGUGAGUGUACUGGCAAGCUUUCUCUCUCUCACUGUGGCUGUCUUUGUGUUAAGCUCUCCUGUUUUUGCCGCCUAAAGUACUCAUGUCUCAGAACAUUGCUGCAAUGCUCCGCCUGAGAGUCAAAACCAGAGAUGGGAAGCAGUACCCGCUGACAGAGUGUCUUCGUGGAGACAGUACCUUGAAGGACCUGCUCUUAGCGGUGCAAGUCAUAACACUCAUUCUUCCCGUCAGACAGAAAAUCUUGACAGGAUACCCGCCUAAGGUUAUCCGAGGAAGUCCUGAGAGCACUCUCAGCAGCCUAGGUAUCCAAGGUGGAGAGCUCCUCAUUGUGGAGGAGGCAGACCCUUCAACCAAUGUGACUUGUAUGGUGCAAGAAUCACUACCACCAAGUUCUCACCUGAAAAAUGCAAACAUUUCAAACAUGAAUGUGAAUCGUGAUGCAGCACUUCCACUGAAAUCUCAGCCAGAAAAUGCUAACACUGAUGCUGGACUUCCCUUCAAGUGUCCAGCUGGGACGCUGCUGAAAAAAGUUGUUCCCUCAGAUAAUUCUUGCCUAUUUGCAAGUGUAUAUUAUCUUAUCAAUGGAGGUGAAUCAAUAGACUCAAAUAGACUACAAGAGAUGCGGGAGCUAGUAGCUAAUGUAAUCCGGAGCAAGCCAGACCUGUACAAUGAGGCAGUUUUAGAACGUUCUAAUAGCAAUUACUGUGACUGGAUUUUAAAAGAUACUUCCUGGGGAGGAGCCAUUGAAUUAUCAAUCUUCAGCCAGUAUUACGAAAUAGAAAUUGUUGCCUUAGAUUUAAAAACAGGCAUCUUAAACAGAUUUGGUGAAGACAAGAAGUACGACCACAGAAUGAUUGUCCUCUAUGAUGGUGUCCAUUAUGAUCCCGUUUAUAUGGAGACUUUUGAGGGGAACAACAUUUAUAUCUUCCCAACAACAGAUGACUCAGUGUUGCACCAAGCCAAAGAGGUGGCCAUGGAGGCCAAGCACAGCGGCCAGUACACUGACACCAACACCUUCCGCCUUGAGUGUAAGGAGUGUGGCAUCACCAUCACAGGGGAGGAUGAAGCAUUGGCACAUGCUAAAAAGACAGGUCACAGCAAGUUUGAGGAGAUUCAUCGUAAUUGAUGAUAAUGUAGCUUUAGUUCAUUUGUAUGCCGAUCUUAUUUAUAUUUUUUUUUUCAUGCCAAUUUAUGUGUAAUAUUUAAGUGUCUUUUAUGUAGAUAUUUUUACGAGAGCCACCUCUGCACCUGGUUUUAACAUUUAAAAUAAUCACUUUGGUUGCAUUAUUUCCUAUGAAGACUAAUCCUGAAUAAUAAUAUGUAAUACAUUUAGAAUAAAUCACUAUUUCAGAAGUGUACAGUGAGUGGUUAAGCUAGAAUGAAGUUUUAUGGUUUUCUGUAAAGAAAAAAAAACAUUUAAUAUUAAUGCUCAUGAAAAAUUGUGAAACCAUAUGGAUGCCAACCAGUGCUGGACACUUCUGAUAAUUUGUCCACAAAUCUACAAUAACAGAAGUUCCAUUUCAUAUGCAGAUUUACAUUUAUAACAAAAAAGGUAACUUCUUUAUGGAUUUGUGUUUCAGUUCACAGUGUGUCGAAAUAACUUUCUGUAUACUCUAGGUCUUUAUAAGAAAAUGAAAAAUUGUAACUGAAUGCCUAGCUACUGCAUUACAAUGUAAAUACAAUGACGAAAGAAGUGAAGAAAUAUUGAUUAUGGAAUAUUUGUUUGCAGUGUGCAUAUGCCGUGUCAAAUUUGUGGGUGAAGAUGGCUAAUAUUGUGAAGCCAUUUCCGAUAUCAGAUUUACAAUUGCAAUUUAAGUUAAAUCUGAAUUUUUGGAGUUUUGAAUGCAAAAAUUAUGAAUAAUUUAGAUUUGUGAUAAUGGAAGUUCAAAUUUGUUUGUAAUGUUCAGCUCUGCUGCUAACCAUCUGGGUGCAUGAUAUUCAACUUGCAUAAUUGAACUGAUUGAUAGGCAAAGUGUAAAGGGUAUAUUUUUCUUGCCUGUUCUGUAUGUAUAUGGUGUGAAAGCUUUUGCAAUCCUUAAAAUGCAUUGAUAGUUUAAGAAAUUUCAUUUCAAAUUUGUUCAGGUAAGAAGAAAAGGAUACAGUAGCUGUAUACCUUCUCUGCAGUGUUCUGUGCAUUCAUAAGUUGCUGGCUGCUCAUGUUAUGAUCUCUAAAUAUAGUUUUAACUCUUGUAUGCUAGUACACUGUGUACAGGCCUUCCUGGACAUAGCUAGCUCAAUACUGAUGGUACUCACUUCCAUGUUCCUUUAACCUUACGAAUAGUGCACGCACAUGCAUCAACAUGGCAGUCACACUAUCCUCGUCUAUUUUUUAUUGCCCCUGGCCAGUGACUUAGAGAUUGUAACCUCUCUUCUGGCCCUUUUAAGUGCCUCAGGAUUUAAGAAUUAGUAUUUUUGCUCUCAAGGUUGCACAUGUUGAACAGUGCUGGCAGCUGUUCUUUUACUCUCUGGGUCACAGAAAGAAUUUUGUUAUAGGUGUUUUGGAAGUGUCAGAACAAAGUUAUGGAAUGAAACAGGUGGUUAGUGUUCUCACUUUAGUAGGGUACUCCAUGAAUGCAGAAGCUAGAAAUUGCAGUGAUUUUCUCUCUCUCUCUCUCUCUCUCUCUCUCUCUCUCUCUCUCUCUCUCUCUCUCUCUCUCUCUCUCUCUCUCUCUCUCUCUCUC